AUGGAAAGCCGACUACCUACUCGUGCACUAAAACGGGAGGGCGACAACCAUGAGCAGAGUUCUAGCUCUAAACGACCGCACGGGGCGACGAUGGAUCCUCUAGCGCUCAAGGACCUAGGCGAGAACCUGAAAAUUAUACCCGUGCCUACGGACACCGAUGACCUUGAGACGACAUCGCAAAAGAUGCAGGAUCUCGCCAGGGUUGUUGAGCGGGGUAAUAGUCUUGCACUGUGGACGGGACUGAAGCUGGCGUCGCACAACAAACGCAGGGAUUUGGAAAGCUCAGCUAGGGCACAGAUGACGGAAUCUGAAUGGGAGCUGUAUGAGCGCUGGAAAGGAAUGCAAGACACCCGCAAUGAUGGGGAUAAGCACAAUAACCAAACUAAGCAGACGCCACUGAAUAUUCCAGAUUUCAACUGGGACGAGAACAAAGCUCCUGUGCCAACAGGGGCUCACAGUGUCAGAAAAUUUACACAGCGGGCAGCAGCCAUGGACAUUGUCUGGGGCCACCAAGGCGCCACUCCCGAGCAUGCAUCGUGGCUGACUUUUAAUAUGCCAGCCAUGCUACCCCUUAUCAAAGCGAUCACCAAGGUCACUAAUAUCCAGAAGCACAUUCAGGGCGCUGAUCCUCUGGCUGGCAAACUGACAGAAAUGGAGGCUGCAGAGAUUGAAACCGUGCGCAGGAUAAUAGCGAUCGCAGAGGGAAACCGAUUACGCGAAUUGGAGCGGAUCCGCAAGCUGGCCAAAUCCAUCUGUGAGUUGGCUGCAAUCCUCAAGUCUCGUGCAGAGGGACUAGAGAAACUUGAAAGGUAG